AUGGCUGUUAAAGAGUGCUAUGCUCACGAGGAGCCGCAGCAGAAACCUUGGGUUCAGACUCCGUUGAGGGAGUCAGUCUUUCUCAAGCUGGAGAACCUUCAGCCCUCUGGAUCAUUCAAGUCACGAGGUAUCGGUAACUACAUCCUCCGCCGCCUUGAAGAACUCCCACAAAACUCUCGUCCACACAUAUACGCCUCCAGUGGUGGCAAUGCCGGCCUCGCAGCUGUCCACUCUGCCCGCGCCCUGAACCUCCCCUGCACCGUCGUAGUACCAACAGCUACAGCGCCCCUGAUGGAUCAAACAUCGACAAUUUACUGCCCACCCUUUGACCACCCAGAUAUCUGGGAGGGUAACAGCACUUGCAUGCACGAAAUCGCCGCUCAACUCCCCGGCUCCGAGCCUGAUGUACUAAUCUGCUCCGUUGGCGGUGGCGGCCUUCUCAAUGGCAUAUGCCAGGCAAUGGACUCGCUCUCCAUGAGCAAGACAACCAUUCUGGCCAUGGAGACAGCAGGCGCUGAGAGUUUCAAUGCAGCUCUGCAGGCCAAGGAGCUGAUCACGUUACCGAAAAUCACGUCUCAAGCGACUAGCUUGGGCUGUGCCCGUGUAACAGAUGCUACGUUUAAAUACGGCCAGCGUGGCAACGUGCGAAGCAUAGUGCUUCCCGACGCGGAGGCAGCCAUGGGAUGCUGGCGUCUCGCGGAUGACGAACGCAUCAUGGUAGAGCUAGCAUGUGGCAUCAACGUUGCCCUCUGUUACGACGGCCGCCUCGAAAAGGCGCUCGGCCGCCCUGUGCGCCCAGAGGAUAAAGUUGUCAUCGUACUCUGUGGCGGAAGCAAUGUCACAAGUAAAAUGCUGUAUGACUGGAGGAACGAGUAUGCGUACAUUGAAGAAGAAACUGAGGAAAGGAGAAAGAGCGAUUCGGCGCUUGGCAGCGAGACUCAGAGUGAGACGGGUAGCGUCAAGGACAUGGACAUUGCCGAGGCGAUGGAGAACGUACCAAGUGAGUACAGUAAGCCAUUGGCCAUUGAUGGCAUCGAAGUUCGCUGCUUAGAGUGCUCAUAA